GCCGCCAUCAGCAUAGUGGAACUACUGCUAAGAACGAACGAAUACUUUUAUCUUGAAUAUAUUUCAUGUGUCUUUCGAUACAUACAUCGUUCAGAAACAUACGAAAAAAAAAGAAAACUUUAAAAAAUUAAACCAAACAAACCAAAAAUAUCAUCAACAUUUAAUGUGCAACAAUGUGUGUGUUCGUGAAUUCAUAAAAAUAAUAUAUCAAACCUUUAAAUUAUAAUAGUGAUCGAUAAAAACUGAUAGAAAUAAAUCAGUGAGUGAUUAUUUAUCUGAUUAUAAUCGCAUGAUUAAUUCAACUUCAAUCAUUCGUUCAUCUUUAAACUGAUCGUGAAAACGACUGGCAGCAUUAUCUAUUAUGGCUUCGUAUCGACGCAACAUUCUACCUUUCAUCGCGUUAACUCUCUUAACGCUGCUCCCAUACAAUCAAGGUGCUUCUCGACCCAUAAAAAUUGGUGCAAUUUUUCAUCAAGAAGAUAUGGAGCUCAAAGAGGCAUUCGAAAGAGCAACAUUCGCUACGACGAUAGAAAAUCCAGCACCGGCUUUUGAAUUACGUUCGUCUAUCAAAAUAGUGAACAGCAGUACGGAUAGUUUUAAAACGAAACUGGCAGUCUGCGAACUUUUGGAAGAAGGCGUUGCGGCAAUUUUUGGGCCCUCAAGCCCAUAUACACGAGGUAUAGUUGCGAGUAUAGCUGCUCGUUUCGAUAUACCACACUUCGAAUAUGUUUGGCGAGAACACAAGGAAUUAAUUUUAGAUGAGGAGGGUAAUCCGAUUAAUCCAACACCUAUGACGAUCAAUAUUUAUCCUGAUAGUGAAAUGAUAAGCAAGGCUAUCGCGGAUGUUGUGGUUUGGAACGAAUGGAAAAGCUUCGUUGCGAUUUACGAAACCAACGACGGCCUUUCACGAAUUCAAAAGGCUCUCACUAUGAAGAGGGAUAAGGAUAAUCCAAUCACCAUUCGUCAUCUUGGUACCGGGCCUAAUUAUCGUUCGACAUUAAAGGAAAUCAGUACAUUGCCGAUCGAUAACAUUAUUAUCGAUGUUAAACCUGAAAAUAUAAUGCACGUAUUCCAUCAAGCUAAGGAAGUUAAUUUGGUUCGUGAAUACACGAAUUUCAUCAUAACUUACAUGGACUCCUCGAAACUACCGAUUCUUGAAAUACGAAAUGGCACGACCCAGGGUAACAUUACCGGUUUCAGCUUGAGGCAGAACAAUGUCGACGGAAUUAACUUGGCAGAAAGUGCGGCCCUUUACGAUGCUGUAUUUCUUUUAUACAACGCAUUGAAUAUCCUUAAUGAUAGGAACAAAAAUAAUGGUGAUCCUAUUCCUAUCAUCCCGGUACCGCUCUCUUGCGACGAUGAAAAGAAAUAUGAAGCAGGUCCCAACAUUACCAGCAUCAUACGAGAGGUACCCAUAGAAGGGAAGAUGACAGGAGCAAUCAGCAUUGACGAGAUUGGUCGUAGACGAGAUUUCAGUCUUCAACUUUUGGAUUUCCGAGGUUUCAACAGUAUAAAAAUGGGAUAUUGGGAUGAUGAAGGUGUUCAUUCUACUCGUACUAAACAGGAACUCGAAAGUUACUUGUUCAAAUCUAUCGAACAAAAUCAUUUUAAGAUUGCCAUUAAAGUGGGUGAACCAUACGUGAUAGAAGUGACAGAUGGAUCAACACGAGGUGUGCCUAUCGAUAAAAAAUAUUACGAAGGAUAUUGCAUAGACGUGAUCGAGAAUAUUGCAAAAAUUCUUAAAUUCAAAUAUUCGUUCAUGUUGGUACCUGAUAACCAAUACGGUUCUUACGUACCUAAAACUAAAUCUUGGAAUGGUUUGAUAAAACUACUCUUGGAUCACGAAGCUGAUCUUGCCAUAUGUGAUUUGACUAUAACAUCAGCUAGAGAGAGUGCAGUAGAUUUUACUAUGCCAUUUAUGAAUUUAGGUAUCAGUAUUUUGUUCAGUAAACCAGAAGAGAAAAAACCUGAACUAUUUUCUUUCCUUAAACCGUUGUCUACAGAUGUUUGGAUUUACAUGGCUACUGCUUAUCUGAUAGUCUCUUUGAUGUUGUACGUGCAAGCCAGAAUGGCACCAGGAGAGUGGAAUAAUCCUCAUCCAUGUAAUCCUGAUCCUGAAGAAUUAGAAAAUAAUUUUGAUUUGAAGAAUUCUUUAUGGUUGACCGUGGGUUCUCUUAUGCAACAAGGUUCAGACAUUCUUCCUCAAGCACCAUCGGUACGUAUGGUUGCUGGAAUGUGGUGGUUUUUCACACUGAUCAUGGUAUCAUCGUACACAGCAAACUUGGCAGCUUUUCUGACCAUCGACAAAAUGGACAAUCCGAUAACGAACGUUGAAGAGCUCGCUAAACAAACUAAGAUCAAAUACGGUGCAAUCGAUGGUGGUUCAACUUCCUCUUUUUUUAGAGAUUCAAAUUAUUCUACUUAUCAACGUAUGUGGGCUACCAUGUCGGAAGCAAGGCCAAGUGUAUUUACUGCUACUAACGACGAAGGUGUCGAACGUGUGCUCAAAGAAAAACAAGGAUAUGCAUUUUUGAUGGAAUCAACUACAAUCGAAUAUAAAAUGGAAAGAAAUUGUGAUCUGCAACAAAUUGGUUCGUUGAUUGAUAACAAGGGUUAUGGGAUCGCUUUGAUACGUAAUUCUCCGUACAGAACUCCAAUAAGUGGAGCAAUAUUAACUCUACAGGAAAAGGGUACACUUUCAGAAUUAAAAACAAAAUGGUGGGAAAAACGUGGCGGUGGAAAAUGUAAAAAAGAUGACAGUGAUAAAGAUGCUAACUCGAUAGAAUUAGGUUUACCCAAUGUCGGUGGUGUUUUUCUCGUUUUAAUGUGCGGUUGCGCCGCAUCCUUCGUCAUAGCAAUAUUUGAAUUUUUAUGGAACAUACGCAAAGUUGCCGUCGAAGAAAAGAUCACUCCUUGGGAAGCUUUCGUUGCGGAAUUGAAAUUCGCCGUGAACAUUACUCUCGAUACGAAACCAGUGAAAAUAGCGAAAAGUAGUAGCGCUAGUAGUUCAAUGGAAGGUGGUAUUGGCAGAGCAACAUCAACGGCACGAUCCAUAGUCGGUUCAUUUCUACGAUUGGAUAUUUUAGACAAAUUCGAUAAGAACAAUACUAACAAUCGUGGCAAUGAUAGGAAAAUUAAUUAAGGUGUUUUCUUUUUUUUUUUUUUUUUAAUUAAAAGUUUACAA